AUGUUCCUCCUAGCGGCCUUUUGCUUGGCCCUGGCAGCAGUGAGCGGCCAGGCCAGGCCCCUGGAGCCGUCGGCGCAGCACAUAGUGAUCGUGACCCCUCAGGCGCAGGUGCACCUGGAGCCAGCCCUUCGUUAUGUCCAUGGCCUGUCGCCACUGGCUCGUGUGGCCACACCGCAUCAUCAUGAGGAGACCAUUGUGUAUGUGCCCGCCGGAGCUGCUGCCCAGGUGGUGCCAGUGCUGGAUGCAGUGGGCUCGGGGCGGGCUGGAGGAGCAGCCGGCCAGCCGGAAACAAAGCAGUGGGAGAACACGGGCGAGAUUAUCAACCAGAUCCAGCAGGCCUCUAUGCAAGGCGUUGAGAUUGCCAGCGGCCAGUUGAGCGAGGGAGCACAAAAUGCUGCCAGUGCCGGAGCAGGCUUCUUCCCGGCCCUGUUCCCUCCAUCUGGCUCCAAGAAGGAGAAUGCGCUGCAGCAGGGUCUAAAGACUGAAAAGAUUGAGCUGAUUGAGACGCCGGCCAACACCCAGCCCCUGAUAGCCACCGAAGCCCGGCACUUCUACACCAUUCCGCAGGUGUAUCAUACUCCGGUGGUGGAUGUGGUCCACGCACCGGUCUACUCCUGGCCCAUUCCCGCCAUCCGGGCCCGCAGCAUCCAGGAGCCUGUGUUGGAGCAGCAACAGCAGCAGCAGCAGCAGGAACAGGCACCUGCUGAACCGGCUCUGAAGCAGACUUUGAAGGCGGAACCGGAGUUGCAGGCGGAGAUCCAGCCGGAACCGCAGCCACAGGCCUUGCUGAAGGAGCAGCCAUUGCCUCUGCUGAAGGAGCAGCCUUUGCUGAAGGAGCAGCCAUUGUUGAAGGAGCAGCCGCUGGAGCAGCAGCCCGCCCAGGAUCAGACAAAACCGAUCAUUGCCAGCGAGCAAAAGUCGGAGUUUGCAGGACGUCUCCUGGAAAGCAAUGCCAUCAAGCAGGAGCUGCAGGGAGCCGAGAUCACCAAGGAGCAGUUGAAGGAAGAGCCAGCCAAGGCCCAGCUUUCAGAGGAGCCGCUGAUUAAGGCAAUUCCUGCCGCUGAGCCUCUUCUGACCAAGACCAUUCCGGCUGAGCCGAUCCAGGCAGAGCAGCCAAAGCAGGAGCAGAUCCAGCAGAUCCAGCCGGCGCAGCCUGCCGAGAUCAUCGCAGAUGCCAUUUUGCCGCAGGCUUGA